ACCAAUUUUUAAGACAUGGCUGAAAUUAGACAAACAUGUUUUAAGGAUCUGGGGGAUACUCAGAUAGACUGAUAAUGUGUUCCCCUAAGACUAUUUUUCUGAUGCUUAAAAUCAAGCUAAAACAGUUUUAUUUCUCUAUUUUUUUUAAAGUUAAUUUUAAUUUCUUAGAUCAAGGUUACAUUAAUUUAAAUCUCUUCAGAGCAACAGGAUCACUGUACAGCUAGGAUCCAAAAUAGGUAUUAACUCCUAUCACAUAAACUGAACAUGCACAUGAAUAAAUCAGUAACGCAUGCAUGUUCUCUCUCUCUUUCUCAUUCUCCCUUUCCUUUUAAGAUUCAUUCUUUUCAACUCAAUUGGUUUAUGUUGUUUCAAUAUUUUUGUUGACUGAUAUGGAGAAGGCUGUGCAUAUACACUGUGGGCUUUCCAGGUAUAAGAAUACGUGCAUGCUUAUUUUCUAAGGCAAUAAACAUUUUCUAUAAAGUCUCCAUAGCCAAAUUACACAAGCCAACUGCAUAAAUGAUGUUAUGUGCUUUUUACUAUUGUAUUUUUGAGGAAAAUGUGGGUCCCAGUUAUGUAUUUACUUCUUCAUUUAUUAAUACAUUAUCUGCAAACCACCUGCAAUGGCAGCCUCUUCUGCAGACUGACUGGCACCCUGGUUUCCAUGGCAACAGAAAAAAAAAAGGAGUGAAGUCAAAUGAAAGCAGUGAAUGCCUAAGCUUUACUGUGUGGCAUCAAGACUUGGUUCUGCUAGAACUGAUCACAUAUCAAACAGCUUCAAAAAGCUGCAAAUUAUGCUCUAAAAACCAUGAGAGGUUGAGCAUCUGGCAGGGGGCACACAGAGCAUCUUUGCCAAAUGAGGAAUGGCCUUCAUCCACUCACAAUAUGUGUAUUUGCAACUCUGUGGAUUGCACUCCAUACAGUGUAAAGUCACUAAGAAGAUUCUUUCCCCCCAUCUGUGUGGGAUAUUGAAGUAAGAUAAGAGACUCAUGG